GUGACAUGGAGUGGCCCUGACGACCCUAUAAACCCUCUGAACUGGUCAAGGAAAGCAAAGUGGACGGCAACCAUCCUGGUAUCGAGCUUCACCUUCAUCUCACCCAUAGCGUCAACGAUGCUAUCCCCAUCCCUUGACGACCUUGCAGACGAGUUCGACACCGAGGGUUUCGAGACAUACCUCAUCAUGUCCAUAUUCCUGCUAGCAUAUGCUGUCGGUCCCUUUAUCCUCGCACCUUUAUCAGAGAUGUAUGGCCGCGUCGUCAUCUUGCAGGCCUCCAACAUGGGGUUUCUGCUGUUCAAUACGGUCUGUGGAUUUGCUCGCACUAAAUCCGAGAUUUUGCUCUUUCGAUUCCUGAGCGGCUUGGGUGGCGCGGCGCCACAAGCGAUUGGUUCCGGUGUUCUGAGCGACUGCUGGAGUGCAGAUGAGCGCGGGGCGGCGACGGCCAUGUACAGUCUCGCACCGUUUCUAGGCCCCGCUGUCGGUCCCAUUGCUGGUGGUUUCCUUACUCAGUAUAUGAAUUGGCGAUGGAUCUUCUGGGUUGUUUCAAUCGCGGACGCCGUGGUGCAGAUUCUGGCCUUCUGCUUCCUGACAGAGACAUACCGGCCUGCAAUCUUGAAGAAGAAGGCACGAAAGCUGCGCCGAUCGACCGGGAAUGGCAAGCUUCACACUGAAGCUGAAGCUGAGGGAACCUCGUGGAGACAUCUAUUCGGCAAGAGCAUCAUGCGCCCCUUCAUCAUGCUGACGACUCAGCCCACAAUCCAGAUCACUGGUCUCUACCGAGCUUACUUGUAUGGGCUCAUGUACCUUGUUCUUGCCUCCUUUCCCACAGUUUGGGAGGACAGGUAUGGCCAGGAACCUGGGCGCGCCAGUCUUAACUACAUUUCACUGGGUGUCGGCUUCGUCAUAGGGCUCCAGAUAUCAGGCCCUGCCAUAGACAAAACAUACAAGUACCUGAAAGAGCGACGCAACUCCCCCGGUUGCCCAGAGUUUCGCAUACCGCUCAUGUUCCCGACCGCCGUCAUAGCGCCCGGCGGCCUGCUGCUAUACGGACUGUCGGCGCACUUUAGAACCCACUGGAUCGUGCCCGACAUUGGGGCCGCCAUAUUCGCCAUGGGCCUCAUCCUCUCGUUUCAGUGCGCCCAGACGUACAUUAUCGACUCCUACGAAACGUACACGGCCAGCGCUGCGGGUGCUUCGGCCUUUAUCCGCACCAUGGCCGGGUUCAGUUUCCCUCUGUUCGCUGACGGCCUCUACGAAUCCCUCGGCAUCGCUGGCGGUAACGGUCUUCUGGCAGGUUUGGCAUUCGCCAUCUGCCUCGUCGCGUCGACGGUCUUGUGGAAAUACGGUAAGUGGAUUCGCAAGAAGAGUCCUUACUGCGCUGGCUAG